UAUAAAGACUGAACGCAGCAAGGAAAGGGCAGAGCAAGAGAGAGAAGCAGCUCCUUUACUCUGAGAAAGCAGCCAGCUGAUCACACAAGAGGCAGAAUGAAAGCCUUCCUCCUCAUCAUUGCUGCAGUGCAGAUUCUCCACUGCUCAGGAAUACCGAGCCCUAAGGAUGCUCUGAGAGUGUCUGUUAUAAAACUGAACCAAAUCACCAAGACCAGCAAUCUGUGUGGGAUAACCAGGAGAAGGGUGAAGGAUAUUUACCGCACAGGGAAAUUGUCAUACAACGUGGAUUUAACAUUCUCUGUGAAGGAAACCGUCUGCUCCAAGAAUUCUGGACUGGAAUUUGAUGACCCCAGCUGUUACUUCCAUCCCAAAAUGACUGCAGUGAAAGGUUUGUGCACAAGCCAUGUUGAGUAUUUUGCCGAUGAGGUUGUUGACGUUGAUGUUGAGUGUCGAGGGUUGAAGAUGGUGGACAGCAACAGUGACUCAUCAGAAACAAAUGAAAACAGUAUUGAGGUCAAAACCAAAUCAAAACAGAUGUCAACUGAAGAAUCACUGGAUUGGAAAAGCAAAUCAGCAGAGACAUCACUCGAGGACUCUCCAAAUUUGAGCAUUGAUGAGUUGAGUAUUAAGUCAUCAGAAACAUCACUUGACGUGUCUUCAAAUGAAUACCAUGACGAUUCAAGAUUCCGACACUAACUAGGAAUGAAACUUCUGAAAGACUGAACUUGGUCUGAACACAAGCUCUCAUUCCAAUUAAAGAAAAUGGAUUGACGCUACUUAUUCAUAUAUAAACCUGAGGCUCGUGACUACAUUUCACUGUAACUGGGAGAUUCUAUAGUUUGUAAAUAUUCUCUCCUUUAACAUAAGUUGAUGAAUUCUGUGGUUCUCGUGAAAAUUGUAAAUAAAAUAUUCUCUAACGUCAUUUAGAACUGAUGUUCAUUUUGCUCUGCAUUCAAGAUAUUAAUGUGAGCUUGUCUGCUCAGAUUUAUCAUUCAAAUUCUCUGCUGAGAUGGUCUCUUCUACCAGCAAUUUACUGUUCAUUUACUAAUAGCCUAAUAGUAAAGAUGUUUGCGUUAUCUUGUUAAUUCAUAUGUUUGGAUUUAGACUAUAACUUUAACAGUAUCAUUACCGAUGAUGUGGACACCACUUUGCUAUUCUGAAAACAGAUAAAUAAAUGUCUUUUCCUGUCAAAA